AUGUUUACCAGACCCGCACUAUUGAGACCAGUUUUUAGAUCCACCACAAACAGAGCUUUGUUCCAUACCACUAAGUCCAAUAAUUUGACUAUUCCAUUCUUAAGCACUUUACCACAAGCUCCAGGUGGUGUUAAGGGUGAUGUUAAUGAGGCUUUUGUUCCACCACCAGUUGAUAAAGUUCAUGGUUCUUAUCACUGGGAUUUUGAAAGAGUUUUAGCCGUUUCAUUGAUCCCAUUAGUCAGUUUACCAUUAGCUUCUGGUGCUGGUAUCCCAGUUAUCGCUGAUACUUUGUUAUCUUCUGUUUUAUUGGCCCAUUGUUAUGUUGGUUUCCAAUCCUGUAUCAUUGAUUAUAUUCCAAAGAGAGUUUACGGUAAGAAUCAUAAUUAUGCCAUGUAUUUGUUGACUUUGGGAUCUUUAUUUUCCAUCGCCGGUAUCUAUCAUUUAGAAACCAAAGAAAAUGGUCUCAUCGGUGUUUUAACUUCUUGUUGGAAAGAAGAAUCUAAAACCGAGGAAAAGAAAUGA